UCGGGGGGACUCCCGGGCCCGGGUGCUGCUGUGCCGCCGCCGGAGGAGCGGGAGCGGGAGGUUCAGUCGGGCAGUGCCGGCGGGCGCGGGGCUGCGCGGGUGGAGCGACGCUCGCCGGGGCAACGCAAGCGGGCAGCGGCAGCGCGGGGCCAGAAGACCGUGCCAAAGAAGACUUUUACUCAGAUGACAUCACAUUUGAACUACUAAUGCUACCCACUCACUCUACAAGGCACAAUGUAUUUCUAGGUAAUUUAACAAGUGUAGAGAGAAGCCCAUUCUUUCAUUUACGAAAUCUUCUGGAAAUUUAUUUGAAUUUUGUAUACUGAACGUCAGUGAAACUAGUUUGGAAUUUAUUUUCUGCGGAAGAGGAUACCUCUAACUCCACAUUGUUCUUCACAGGAACCAGGUUUUGUCCCUAAACCUCAUACUUCAACAAGUCCCAAAGUGUAAAAGGCAAGCGUACAAAUGUCUACCACAAGACUAAAGUGUGAUAUGUUAUGUUUUUUACCAUAAGCACCCAUAAAAUGAGCUCCAUUGCAGACAGAAAUGACGGAAGCAUUUUUGAUGGGCUGGUGGAAGAAGAUGACAAAGAUAAAGCAAAAAGAGUGUCUAGAAACAAGUCCGAAAAGAAACGUCGAGAUCAGUUUAAUGUACUUAUCAAAGAGCUGGGUUCCAUGCUUCCAGGUAAUGCUCGGAAGAUGGAUAAAUCCACUGUACUGCAGAAGAGCAUUGACUUUUUACGGAAGCACAAAGAAAUUACUGCACAAUCAGAUGCCAGUGAAAUUCGACAGGACUGGAAACCGACAUUCCUUAGUAAUGAAGAGUUCACACAGUUAAUGUUAGAGGCUCUUGAUGGUUUUUUUUUAGCAAUUAUGACAGAUGGAAAUAUAAUAUAUGUGUCUGAAAGUGUAACUCCCUUACUUGAACAUUUGCCAUCUGAUCUUGUGGAUCAGAGUGUAUUUAAUUUUAUCCCAGAGGGGGAACAUUCAGAAAUUUAUAAAAUAUUGUCUUCUCAUCUGCUGGAAAGUGAUUCCUUGACACCAGAAUACUUAAAAUCAAAAAAUCAGCUAGAAUUCUGUUGCCAUAUGCUGCGAGGAACAAUAGAUCCAAAAGAGCAACCUACAUAUGAAUACGUAAAAUUUAUAGGAAAUUUCAAGUGUUUGAAUCAUGUUCCCAACUCAGCGCACAAUGGUUUUGAAGGAACUAUUCAGAGAUCACACCGGCCUUCCUAUGAAGAGAAAGUUUGCUUUGUAGCCACAGUUAGAUUAGCUACACCUCAAUUUAUCAAGGAAAUGUGCACUGUUGAAGAACCCAAUGAAGAGUUCACAUCUAGACACAGCUUAGAAUGGAAGUUCCUAUUCUUGGAUCACAGGGCACCUCCGAUAAUAGGUUAUCUUCCAUUUGAAGUUUUGGGAACAUCAGGCUAUGAUUAUUAUCAUGUGGAUGAUCUGGAUAAUCUGGCAAAAUGUCAUGAGCAUUUAAUGCAAUAUGGGAAAGGGAAGUCAUGUUACUACAGAUUCCUUACAAAGGGACAACAAUGGAUUUGGCUGCAAACUCAUUACUAUAUCACGUAUCACCAGUGGAAUUCCAGGCCAGAGUUUAUUGUCUGUACGCACACUGUUGUAAGUUAUGCAGAAGUUAGAGCAGAAAGACGACGAGAACUUGGUAUUGAGGAAUCUCUCCCAGAGAUAACAGCAGAUAAAAGUCAGGACUCUGGGUCUGACAAUCACAUAAACACAGUGAGUCUCAAAGAAGCACUGGAAAGGUUUGAUACCAGCCCCACACCUUCUGCUUCCUCCAGGAGUUCAAGAAAAUCUUCACAUACUGCAGUAUCAGAUCAUUCAUCAACACCAACUAAAAUGACAGUGGACACUAGCACUCCUCCAAGGCAAGGCUUACCUGGUCAUGAAAAGACUGCGCAAAGAAGAUCAUCUCUGAGCAGUCAGUCUUUAAGCUCACAGUCUCUUGGACAACCAGUAACACAGCCAGCAAUAUCUCAGCCUGCAACUUUACAGCUUCAGUCUGGAAUGACUCAGCCUGUGUUUCAGUUUUCAGCUCAAUUGGGAGCUAUGCAGCAUCUAAAGGACCAGCUAGAACAAAGAACACGCAUGAUAGAGGCAAAUAUUCAUCGGCAGCAGGAAGAGUUGCGUAAGAUUCAAGAGCAGCUUCAAAUUGUUCAUGGUCAAGGACUCCAGAUGUUCUUGCAGCAGUCAGCUUCUGGACUCAACUUUGGUUCUGUGCAGCUUCCUUCUGGAAAUUCUUCAACUGUUCAGCAGCUUACGCCAAUAAACAUGCAAGGUCAAGUUGUUCAGACUAAUCAGACUCAAAGUGGGAUGAACACGGGCCAUAUAAAUACUCCACACAUGAUACAGCAGCAACCUUUGCAGAGUACUGCAACACAGCAUAAUCAACAAAAUGUACUUAGUGGACACAAUCAACAGUCUUCUCUUGCCAGUCAGUCACAGAACACAGUGUCAGCACCUUUGUACAACACUAUGGUGAUUUCUCAGCCAACAGCAGGAAAUGUGGUGCAGGUUCCCUCUAGCUUACCACAGACCAACAACCAGAAUGCUGCUGCAGUAACCACUUUUACACAGGACAGACAAAUCAGAUUUUCUCAAGGUCAGCAACUUGUAACAAAACUCGUCACGGCCCCAGUAGCAUGUGGAGCGGUAAUGGUACCAAGUACUAUGCUAAUGGGACAGGUGGUGACAGCUUAUCCCACUUUCGCUGCCCAACAGCAGCAGACACAGACUUUGUCAAUAACACAACAGCAGCAGCAGCAGCAAAGUCAGCAGGACCAUCAGCAGCAGCUCACCACAGUGCAACAACCAGCUCAGUCACAGCUCACCCAGCACCCCCAGCAGUUCCUACAGACAUCCAGGUUACUUCAUGGAAAUCAGUCGGCUCAGCUUAUUCUCUCUGCUGCUUUCCCACUACAACAAAGCACUUUCACUCAGUCCCACCACCAGCAGCAUCAGUCUCAGCAGCAGCAGCUGUCACGACACAGAACUGACAAGAUGACUGAUCCUUCCAAAGUUCAGCCACAGUAGUGUGGGUGCUGCCUCUUUUUGAAGCAAACUGCCAGGAGGAGCUGCCUCACAAACAGUUGCACUGAAGCUAGAGAGGUAACAGUAUGAAGGCUUUCUAGCACCAUGGUGUUGAGAUCUACUUCUAACUUCUGGAAUCUGUUAAGAAAAGCCACAAGAUGAUGAUGGGGAUAUGGCCAACUUUGAGCAUUGCCCCGGUUUCUGUGUUCUAAAGGAUUUGCUGCCAUGUUGUAAUUUGUCCAGGUGAAAUCUCCAAAUGUGACUGAAAAGAGAGUGAUGCUGAAAAUAUUGGUAUUUUUAUCAAUCCUGUACAUUUUUAAAGUAUUAAAAUGGACAUGGAGCAAUUGUUUUGAAUUAGCAGGAAAAAAUGCCAGAAAUAUAGUCCAAAAACCAUCUAAUUUUUUUUCAGAUGAUUACAGGACAUUAAAUAUUUUGAAAAUGUUGUGUGAAAUCCAGUUCUCUGUUGUACAGAUGCUGUAAAAUAUUGUGUAUAUGUCUGCAUAAAAGGAGAAAGAGCAAAAUAUUUUAUAUGAUGCAUGAAAAUGUAAUCUGUUAUUUGUAGGUUUGAAUAUGUUUCCCUAAAUUCUCACGCCAUACUCAGACUAAUGUUUUCCUCUGUUCUACCCUUUUGUUUACAACAUGAUGCAUCAUUAUUUUCACCCUUAA